AUGGAUCAUUAUGACCUGCAUGGACAGAGGAGGGAUAUGAAGCACAAAGGAAGGAAUGUUGUGUGGUCAAUUGCAAUGGACAAGUGUUUAAUUGAAGCCCUUGCUGUUCAAGCUAAAAAUGGAAAUAAAAUUGACAAAUGCUUUAAUGAAAAUGCAUAUACUGCUGCCUGUAUCGCUGUGAACUCUCGUUUUAACCUGAACUUGAAUAAUCAAAAAGUUGUUAAUCGUCUUAAGACUAUAAAGAAGAGGUAUAAGAUCAUGAAGGAUAUGCUAAGUCAAGAUGGUUUCUGGUGGAAUCCAAAUACAAAGAUGAUUGAGUGUGAUAAUGAAGAUCUUUGGAAGAGAUACAUUGCGGCACACCCUGAUGCAAGAGGAUUUCGAGGAAAACAAAUUGAGAUGUACGAUGAACUAAAAAUUGUCUGUGGAAAUUACCAAGCUCCUAGUCGUUGGGCCAAGUUGAAAGACGGAAACAUUGCAAAUGAGAUGAAGAAUUAUGAAGAUGAUUCUGCAUCAUUUGUUUCUCCAAGUUCGGAAGACCUAAGUGAGACAGAUGGAACAGAGUCAUAUACUGGACCACCAGAGUAUCCCCAGAUGCCAGAUGGUAGUCAAGAACCUCCUCUGGUCCAUCCACUUAGGCAGCUUCCAAAACGCCUACGUAGUUCAGAGGCUCUUCAGGAUGCAAUGUUAGCAGUUGCAUCAAGCAUAAGGCGAUUGGCUGAUGCAAUGGAGCGAAGCAAAUGCUCUGUUGAUGCCUCUGAACUCUUAAGGGCUGUAAUGGAGAUUGAUGGCUUGGAAGAGGCUAAACAGAUGUAUGCAUUUGAGUAUUUAAAUGCCGACCCAGUCAAGGCCCGAGCAUUCUUGACAUACAAUACUCGAAUGAGGAGGACAUAUUUGUUUCGACAGUUCUGGUGGUGGAAGUGACUGUCACACCCAAUUUUGGGACUCUUUCGUAAAUAUGUUUUGAAAUUAUGGGAAUCUUUGUUUGGAGGAUGUUUUAACACAUUAUAUACAAUCUUUGGCUGAUGUUUGGAAGGGUGUAUGUAUACGUUUCGGAUGUUCUCAGGAUCAGUAUAAAUGCUAGCAUCCAUUACUCUGGAGACAUUUUUCCAGCCUCUUUGCUGCCUUGUUAAAAAUGAAGCUAAGCUAGCAGUUUGUAUU